ACCAUUUAUUCUCCAGAUGGAGCGCAGGGAAGCUGUUAGCAGUGGCCGACCUCUGCAGGCGGACAUCUGACGUGUGAUUGGCGGAGCUCAAGGUGGUUUGUUUUUUUUGUUUCUGCACCAGCAGGGCUGAGCUAAGUGUUAGCCUGGCACUCUUUCUACUCCCAACACACUCGGCCCUGUCAUUUAUCUAUCUGCAUCCAGGCAUGAGGGAACCCGCCUGGAGCGCUUUGAACAUCAGCAACACGUUUUUACCUGGUGCUGAAGCGCUCAUGGCUGUCGUUUACGGUGCUGCCACCCAGCCGGGCCUGCUUUCCCAGCAGUACCCCCCGCCCCUGCUACCCAAGCCUGGAAAGGACAACGCUCGUCUUCAGAAGCUCCUCAAGAGAACCGCCAAGAAAAAGGCCUCUACUCAGGCAUCGCAGCCCGCCGUACUUUUCCGCUCCAGUCUUUCCCCUGUGAACGAGGCAAGCCCCGACCUCGAGCACAGCGACCACUCCACCCCGCCCAAGACUCCAGAGACAUCGUUCAGCCUCUACAACACCCAGCAGCCUCCACGGUUCAGCGUCAGGCCACUGUACCGCCAUGUUGCAUCCCCUUACCCACAGCGUGCAGCUCAUGGCAGUGCAGCGAGGUUCUCACCUCAGACAGUGGCAAAUGCGUUGUACACUUACUCGCAGAACGUUAACACAGUUUCUUCAUCGGCCCACCUUUAUGGAGUUUCAACAGCUCCGGGGCCUGUCGCCGAGCUAGCAGUGCCAAAAAUAUCUGUGCCAGUCUCUUCUGUACCUGAGGCAACAGCACCAGCUGCCGAAGUGAAAAAGCCAGCUUUUAGCACAUUUGCUGAAACUCCUGCUGGUUUUAGACCUUCUGCAGCAGGCGGAACGCCACAGACAAAAAGUCCAGGUCCAACUCCUUAUCCAGCGACAGAAGGUCAAGCUUUGACUCGUCCUCUCAUUGUGUUGACCCCGCUCGUCAAAUCCAAAAGCCCACGUCCAACAUUCAAAGCAACCGAACCUUCAAGAUCGCCCAAACCGAUGUUUGACGUCCCACAAAUUAGGAUGUACACGGCGAGCACAUCGUACUACGAGUCAUCCAGGACCCCGCCUGUGUACGACACAGCUGGAUUAACUGCUAUCGGCAGCACAGUACCUCAAAGUAAAACAGCAACAGAAACAAAACAAGAUCUGACUCCAGCAUCUGAGGUCAGAAGAGGAACGACCCCGACGACUCUGGCUCCUUUGCUGGGCACAGACUCCCAAAGGAAAACUCCAACAUCUGAAAUCAAAAGAGCUACCCCAACAGCAGAAAUUAAAAGAGCUACCCCAACAUCUGAAAUCAAAAGAGCUACCCCAACGGCAGAAAUCAAAAGAGCUACCCCAACAUCUGAAAUCAAAAGAGCUACCCCAACAGCAGAAAUCAAAAGAGCUACCCCAACAUCUGAAAUCAAAAGAGCUACCCCAACAUCUGAAAUCAGAGUUAAAACCCCAACUUUUGAGUUACAAACAUUAAGAACUUCAGUGCGACGCCCUACAACCCCAUCAUACCACAAGAAUCGGGCUACAACGCCUGUUUUUGAAGUCUCAAGACCCAAUCCUCUCUUGUUUGCUGUGUCACCGAUCACAGUAGAGCCAGAGAAGUCAAGCAUGCCCAAAACUGUUUCUGCUGUGAGCAGUUUGCCUGCUUCCCCAAGUGUGAAAACUAUUGAGCCUGAGCCUAAGCCCACCGAAACUAUACUGAAUGGGGAAAUUCAUUCGGACGUCACUUCUGUAGUCAAACCAAUCCCAAAAACCAUUACAAAGUCAAAAUCAGAGCCUGAUCUGACAAGACAAACUGCUCCAGCUGGCUCUCAGAGACCUAUAGCUGCCGCAUCUGAGCCAAAAACACCAGCAGUGACUUCUUUCAGCAAUCAGAGGCCUAAGACUCCAACAUACGAAGCAUCCCGACUUAUGACCACGUCACCUGGCUUCAAAAGACCAAAGACGCCUACCUAUGGGACAUCACCUUCUGGUGUAUCAUCCAUAGCCUUUCAGAGACCUAAAACCCCAACCCAAGUGGCUCUUAAAUCAAAGUCUAGCUACCGUGGAUUGACACCUGCUGAAUAUACUGCUUACGGCGGCAUAAGAACUUACUCUCCGGCAUUUGGUAUCUCCAGUUCUACGACGCAAACCGAUGAGAUUAAAGCUACAAAAGAGGAAUCACCAGAAUGUAAAACACCAAGCCAAGAACAGUCUGUGAAGGGCCAAUUUACGCCUGAGGUGUCCAAAGCCAAAGAAACCCCCAAAGAUGUGGAAAAGGUUGCCGCCACUCCCUCAAUCCCUAUUAUUGUUGUUACACAAGCAUCGGACACCUCAGGAACAACGUUAACACAACAGACAAGUACGGUAUCCAGUCAGGUGACUCAAGAAACACCAAAGGCUAAACCUCCAACAACAGCGGGGAAAACUCCUGAGAAACAGAAGGUGCAAACACAAGCUGCCAAACCAAAGACAAAACCUCCUGAAGCCAAACAUCCUCUGCCCAAAAGUGACAACCAGGAUCCUCUGAAGGCAGUAAGAAAACUUUUAGGAAAAGAUAAAGUCCAGAAAUCUGGAACUGAGACAAAAGCUGGCGUCUCAGAUCAGAAAGAGCCAGUGAAACCUGUAGCUGCCACCAAGAGUAACUCUGAAGGCCCAACACCAAGCACAGCAGCGCCUGCUCUGCCGUCUGCAGCUGAGUCAACAGGAAGUGAAGACAAAGGAAAAGAUAAGAAAGCAGAAUCAGCUCCAGCAGUGAAAUCUGCACCUGAGAAAAAGGAAGGAGAUGAAUCCCUCCUAGCCGAGCCCCUUCUUAAAGUCAUGCAAAGGCCAAAGGGAGUGAAAUCUAAAUUGAGCGGUUGGUCCCGACUCAAAAAGCACAUGGUGGUGGAAGAAGAGGAGCCUAAAUUUCCAGAGAUAGGCCCUCAGAAGGAGGCCGCCGGGCCCAAACAAAGCGAGGCGACAACGACCGAGGGGAAGGCCGUAGACGCGCCUGGCACUCAGCAGGAUAACCAAACGAACGACGCUCCAAUUGCAGCUAAGAUGUGGAACGCCGUCCUCUUCCAAAUGUUUUCCACUAAAGAGAACAUCAUGCACCAGAUCGAGCUGAACAAAAGCGAGGACGAGAAGAAAGAAGCGCAAAGUGACGAGCAGAAAGAGAUACCUUCAUUUGCGCACCGGCUGCCUGUGCUGCUUUUUAGUCCAAAGUUUGAUGCUAAAAAGCUUAAAGAGGCAGCGUCGAGGCCGGUGACGAAAAUUUCAACCGUUUUUGAAAUGGGUCUGAUUGGGCGGAAAGGUAAAGAUGAGGAACCAAAAGACUUUAAUAGAACAGCGAGGGGGUUCGCCGCUACUUAAGCUAAUAGAGUAAAUAAAGUGCCAAGACAAAAAUGUAAAGAAAAAAAGUUAUAAUAUAUGUUUCAUGUACAGGUGCAAGAAAUCGUAGUCUGUGUUAAACGAAUGACGUGUGUUUGUAGAAAAGUCGGCUUUGAAAUUUAUACUUGACAAAAGCUUUGUGUUGCAUUUGUGUGACUGGUUGUCUGGAUGUUAAAUGUUUGUAUAUGUGGAUUAGCUGGAAACAGAAAAAGAGCCACAUUUUGUCUUAAUUCAGACGUCACAUCAGAUUAAAAGGUUAAUGUUUUCAGAAAAA